AUGGCGAAAGGUAAGAGGGGGAAAGGUAGGAAGGGUAAGAAGCCAAACAACAAGGGCAACGACAAGGCCAAGAACGAUGGAAACGAAAGCCAGAACGAGAGCCAGCCCGAGAUCCAGCACAGGAAGCCAACCACGCGCCACUGUCCUUGUAGGAAAGAGAAGAAGCACACUCUAUCUCCUCGAUGCAUUACGGUACGCCAUAUCGUUCUAUGCUCAACCCAUAGCCCCGACUACUCAAAACGGCCGGGCGGCUGUAUUAAAUGUAAUGAGGCUGACAAACGGAAAGUGCGACAAGAAACCAAGGAAAGGGAUCAGAAGCGCUGCUCAUCUGCUUAG